UCAUUAUAAAGUCUCGCGAUAACUGCUCUCUCAAAAUGGCUGCUAUGUGAAGGAGCUUUGGGAUCCGCCUGCAUUACACAGAAAGCUCACAGCGAGCACUGCCAGCUAUAGGAAUGGAUCAACAAGAGGGUCCAGUGUCAGAAGUACAACCUGAAGAUGUCCAAUCUGCUGCAAAUUCCUCUAGAGUGGAGUUUAAAAGAGCGAGAGAAAAGGGGAAAAAACGCAGCCUUCAUCCGUCUAAACGUGGAUACAAGUGCUCUAGUUAUGGUUGCACCCGUACAUUUCUUAAAAUGCAGGAGUUGAUUACACAUGUGUCUGUACAUUACAAGCCUACGGAAUCACUGAAAGACAAGCUGUUCCUAUGCUCAGUGAGUGGCUGUGGAGAGGCAGUGGAGAGUAUGCAGGAGCUAAUGAACCAUCUGAAGGUCCAUUACAAGCCUAACCGCUAUUUUAAGUGUGAAAACUGUAUGCAGCACUUCCGUACACACAGAUCUCUUUUCAAGCAUUUGCAUGUUUGUGUGGACAGUAACUCAAAUGCUGUCGCACUGAGUGCCCAGCCCCCACCUCCUUUAGCAGACCCCAAGGCUACAGGACAUGAGGAACCAGCACAGACACACCAAAGUGUUAUCCAGUGCCUCAAGAAAGUGGUUCCUGUUUCACCAACUGAUGAUCCUACCACACCGUCUAGAACGCCUUCAUCCUCUUCCUUACCCGAUGUCAUUCGCCAGUCGAUGAGCUCCUUGGUCUCUCAAUCUUCCAACCCUUUUUCUCUUCUUGACCCUUCCCUGCUUGCUGGCAGAUUUCCAUCUCCUGCAUCUGUUGCUGGUUCCUAUCUUCCCUUUCUCCACCCUUCAGCCUACACCGCUCAGGGCUCCAUUCCGCAGAGGCUUAGGCCCUUCCUGGGAAACCAAGUCCUGCCAGCCUCCAACGCUAUCUGGAAAAAGAAUCAAGGACACUCCACAAACAGCCGCAUUUUGUGGGAACAUACCCGAGACAGCUAUAACUGUAUGCAGUGUACUUUUUCUACACAAUCUCGGAACCAGAUGACCAAACAUAUCGAAGAACAGCACAAGAGCCCCCAAAACAGAUUGCAGGGUGAGAUAGAGUAUGAUCUUGAAGCCCUUCCAUUUGCACCAAAGGCUGCAGCAGAAAUGGAAUCCAGCCUGAUCACACAGCUCUAGCCUACAUAAGCCUUGUGUCUCCAGUCGCUUGUUUGCUACCUGUACGAAAACCAAAGUUUUUAUUCAUCACUUUUUGACAAUACCAGGAUCCCCAAAUGCUUAUUGGCUCAUAAUAUAAAUAACCGCUAAAGGUUGACAUUUUUUAUGCUUCAAUAGUGCGGACUCCUCAGAGAACUCCUUGUAUUGAGAACAGAUAUUUAUAAGGAAACGGCAAGGAGCUAAUGCAACUCUACAUUGGUUCAUCUAGAAUUUCCAUCCAAUUACUUGUCCCCCCCCCCCCCUUCUCUUUCCAAUCCAAUGUGUUUAGUGCUUCUGUAAGGUUUUUGCAUGUUAACUAGUUAGAAAUCCAUUUUUUAUUAGUAAGAAUAAGUAUUAAAAAGAUAACUUACGGUUAA